AGGCUAGCUCAUGAACAAUGAACCUUAAAGCUAAAUUCAGUUAGAAACUCAAACGACGACAAAAAAAAACUAAUUAUUCAUUUCAUUAAUGGGUAACGGCGCAGGUAAUCUCAACCGUUGUUUCUCAGGCGCCGGCGCCGGCGACCUCUCCCGCCGGCACGACAUCGCCGUCGUCCUCUCGGACCCACUCGACGUCGAAGGCCUGGGCCACUCCUUCUGCUACAUCAAACCCGACGCAAACGACACCAAAACCAACAAAACGACAGCGUUCUUCCGGUCGAUCUCCGGCGCUUCCGUGAGCGCCAACGCGUCCACUCCUCUCUCCACCUCCAUCGCCGUCGACGACACGUCUCCUCAAGGCUCCGCCUCCUUCGAGAGCUCCACUCUCUUCGCCUCCAUUCCUCUGCAGCCCGUCCCACGCUUCUCCUUCUCCAAUGGAGUUUCCGGGUCGGUUCCUAUGGAGAGAGGCGGCUUUCUUUCGGGCCCCAUCGAGAGGGGGUUCGCUUCGGGGCCGAUCGAUCACGGGUCGUAUUCGUGUCCGAUGGAUAAGCUUGAUAUGAGCUUUUCUACUUCCAAUAUGGGGUAUGAGCCAAGUAAUCAUAUGAAGGAGAAGAAGAACAAGGAGGAGAAGGAGGAAAAAAGAUUGAUCAUGAAGAUUUUUAAAAGAGUGAUUUUGGAGAAAAUAAUAAUGUUCUCUUGUGGGAAUAGUAAGAAGAAUAAGUCAUUUGUGGCUCCAAUAUGUAAAGGGGUUGUUGUGGAAGAGAAAAAUGUUAAGAUGAAUGAUGUGACCAAUAGUGGUGGUGGAAGUAGUACUAGCACUACUAAUUUGAGUAGUUCUUAUAAUGGUGGCGAUGACGAAGAUGAUGUUGAUGUUGAUGCUGAUGAUGAAGAUUAUUCUUUGAAAUGUCAGAAUCUUCAAUGGGCACAAGGGAAAGCCGGCGAGGAUCGGGUUCAACUAGUGAUUUCGGAGGAGAAUGGUUGGGUUUUUGUGGGGAUUUAUGAUGGUUUCAAUGGACCUGAUGCACCCGAUUAUCUUUUGGCUAAUCUCUACCCUGCUGUUCAUAAGGAACUCAAGGGGUUACUAUGGAUUGACAAGUUCGAAUCCGCGGAUUUGAAGAGGAAUUCGGAGGGAAUUGAGCAACCCCAGAUGAAUUACGACGAAAGUGCGAAUUUGGAGACUAAUUUCAAGAGGAAGCAGGGUAAAGGUAGGAGCAGAGUUGGUGGGAAGAAGUGGGAGGAGAGUCAGAGGAGGUGGAAGUGUGAAUGGAACAGGGAAAGGCUAGAACUUGAUAGGAAGUUGAAAGAGAAUUUCAAUUGUCCGCCCCCGAAUGGCGUGGAGAAUUUCAACCAUUCUGAUGUCCUAAAAGCUCUCUCAGUGGCAUUGAAGAAGACGGAAGACGCGUAUUUGGAUGCCGCGGAUAAGAUGGUGAAGGAGAAUCCUGAGUUGGCCUUGAUGGGGUCUUGUGUUUUGGUGAUGUUGAUGAAAGGUGAAGAUGUUUACUUGAUGAAUGUCGGGGAUAGCCGCGCCGUUUUGGCUAGGAAGGCUGCGCCGGACCUCGGGAUAGGAAGGGAACGCAGGGACUUGGAUCCGAUCAAUGAGGAGACAUUACAAGAGCUUGAACUCUCUAAUGGUGAUCAUGAUGAUAAUGAGUUUGAAUUGUCCAAUUUAACUUCUUUUCAGCUCACCAUGGAUCAUAGCACAUACGUGGAAGAGGAAGUUGAGAGAAUUAAGAAUGAACAUCCAGAUGAUGCUUAUGCAGUAAUGAAUGACAGAGUAAAAGGCUACUUGAAGGUCACAAGGGCUUUUGGGGCUGGCUUUCUUAAACAGCCAAAGUGGAAUGAUGCGCUACUUGAGAUGUUCAGAAUUGAUUAUGUUGGGAGUUGGCCAUAUAUUACAUGUUCACCCUCACUUUACCACCACAAACUGAGCUCAAGAGACAGAUUCUUGAUACUUUCUUCUGAUGGGCUGUACCAGUAUUUCACCAAUGAAGAAGCAGUUUCUGAAGUUGAGCUCUUCAUUGCUUCAUUUCCUGAGGGAGAUCCAGCUCAACAUUUGAUUGAACAAGUUUUGUUUAGAGCGGCAAGAAAAGCAGGAAUGGAUUUCCAUGAGUUGCUUGAUAUCCCACAAGGGGAACGCCGGCGUUACCAUGAUGACAUUUCCAUUAUUGUUAUUUCUUUGGAGGGAAGAAUAUGGCGUUCAUCUGUGUAAAUAAAAAACUUAAACAAUUAUAAAAUGUUACAAAUUCAUCAAAGGUUGUAAUACAAA